CCACAAGGAUGGGGUAAGUUUAUUCAAGUUUCCCAGAGAUCCCGAGCUGCAUCCGAAGUGAGUGAAGCAAGUCAGGCGCACUUGUGACAAGUGGGAGCCCUCACCAACAUCCGUCCUGUGCUCUGAACACUUCGAUUUGGAUUGUUUUGACACCCUUCCCAGCUUAAAAGAAUCUCUUGGGUGUUCAGUUCAGCACAAACGUGUGUUGCUACCAUCAGCAGUGCCGACAGUAUUCCGGAGGGGGUCUACUAGUAGCUAUGCCGGAUCCAGCAGUCGCCUGGGACAAGGCGACUCCUCCAAAGACAGUCCUCCUGUCAGAACAUGUGUUGAGAAACGACAUAAGAUAAAGGUACUUAGAGCUAUAGAGUGCUCCGACAUGAUGCUAAAAAUAGUAACCAUGCGGUCUGCGCGGCCAUCUUGGAAGUGACUCGCUCCAGAGCGCUCAUAGAGUACACAUUCAUGAUAAUCAUAAAUGUAAUCAUAAAUUCGGCGUGAUAUCAGUCAUGUAUUUGCUUGUGAAAGCUUGCGGCUUUCAUGUAACUGCCGCCUAGCAACGAGAGGCAAAGGCUAAAGAGGGUAGGCUAUCAUAGAUUCUAUUCAGAAGAGAUCAAUACAUGAUUGCUUAAAAAUUAGGUAUUUUAACAAUUUGCAUCUGUUUUGUGAUUAUCGUGACACUUGUGUGUUAUAUAGAACUGUAUGUCUUAUCAGCACAUCGAGGAUCUUCCACCGGAGGCUUUAGCAAGUACUCGUAGCAACACUACACUUUACCCUUUGCCAUGCGUUGUUAGGGAACGGUAGCAAGUACCCCGAUGACCGACUUCAAGAAUAUGUAGAAAAAAUUUAGAAAUUAUACUUUCCAAAAGUCAUUUGAGCUUAGUGUAUUGCAUUUCCAUUUAUAUUGUAGGUUCUUGCUGAUGUUUUUGCGGAGUAUGACGCAGCUGCUGAAUCAGAAGCUGCAGAGUUUGUAUGUACUAGUUGUGAACAUUCACAUUAUUAUCAAUCUCAUUUAUUUAAAAUCAGAUAAAAUCAUGCCAUCAUGAUCACUGCUUAAAGUACCAGUAUUUGGUUGUUCUUUUGUUCAGAACUGUGAUGCCAGCUGCCAAGUAGACCGGCAUUUUCAUGCGCCAUUUCCAUUGAGUAGAACAGCCAGUGAACCACAGCGUGUUCUUCCGCUGACGUCACAGCAUGGCUGCGAGCCACGGACCCAGUUUUCUUGCGCUGUGCAAUUAAAAGUUGGAUAUUCACGUAACAACAGCUUCUUUUCACGUAAUUAUAACAGAAAUCUAACAUGUUUGCCAUGUUGUAUAGUUUAUUUAAGAAAUUGCAUAGAGUCAUGUUCGUGUCAUCAGCCCUUUAAGUGCCUGAUGGCUGCAGCAGAGCCAUGAUAUGCUCUGAAAAGUGACAAGUAUUACCGAACUGAAAAGCUGCAAGAAGUUCACCACAAGGUUGUGGACAAGAUCAAAGCCCUGAUUCAACCUGACAAUGCUGGCUACUCUCUCUCCUUCACCACAGACUGCUGGUCUGGUGUGACAGAGUCUCUCAUGAGCCUGACAUGCCAUUUCAUUGAUGCUAAAUGGAUAAGAAAGCAGGUCGUCUUAAACACAAGAGCGAUGCAUGGGUCCCACACUGGGGAAUACCUGAAAGAGACAUUCCUCAGUAUACUUGAGGACUGGAAGAUAAGCAAAGACCUUGUAGCAUUAGUGCUUCGAGACAGCGGAGCAAAUAUUGUGAAGGGAAUGAGGCUCGCUGAACUCCCAGACCUCAGCUGCACAUCGCACACCUUGCAACUUGUGGUGAAUGAUGGUCUGUCAAGUCAAAGAGCCAUCACAGAUGUCAUCGCAAUACUUAAGAAGUGUGCCACACAUUUCCACCACUCCGUUCUGGCCAAACAGCAUUUGUGAGACAUUCAGAGAGAACUUGGCCUGCCAGAGCACAACAUAAUCCAGGCUGUUCCAAUGAGGUGGAACUCAAUGCUUCACAUGCUCCAAAGAAUGCUGGAGCAAAAGUGUGCGAUUACCAUCUACUGUGGUGAACAUGGAGGAUUUGCAGGUCCCAAUGCCCACCAGUGGGACCUUGUGUCCAAUUUAAUUGAAACUCUUCUCCCAAUAGAGGAAGUGACACUUCAGGUGAGCCACAGCAACUCAUCAACAUCCUGCAUCAUUCCAUGCCUGACUGUGCUGAAGAUGCUACUUCAAGAUGAUGAGGGGCCCUCCACAAAAGGCAUCAGAACGCUAAGGCAAGCCAUGAGGGAGAGCCUGGACAAGCGUUUCUCAAAAGUAGAAGACACAAAAACUGUGGUGCUGGCUUGUCUCUUAGAUCCUCGUUAUAAGAGUCACGCAUUCUCCUCUGCCACAACAUUGAGCAAGGCUAAAGAAUGGUUAAAAGAGGAAGAGGACGCUGCCACACAACAGACCACUCGAGAGGAGCAUGCUGCCGCAGAAGGAGCCAGUAUGGAGGAGCAGGCUGCUGCAAAGGAGGCCAGUGUGGAGGAGCAGGCAGCUGCAUAUGGGACACACGAGAAUGACGGAAACAUCCACAAAAGGCAACGGAGAGAACACACAUCCUUCUGCAGCCGUGUUGAUGAGAUGUUCAGUUCUCUGCUGGCACAACACGCUGGUGACCUGCUGGCCAGUAGCUGCAUUGAGGAUGAGCUACAUCUGUACCUCAAGUAGCCAGUGAUCGACAGGCGGAAAGGGGACCCACUCCAAUGGUGGAGACAGAAUGAAGGGCGCAUCAAGCUACUUGCGAAACAAGCAAGAAAGUUUCUUUGUGCACCACCCUCAUCAGUCCCAAGUGAGCGAGUCUUCAGUGAAGUCUCUGCAAUUUAUGAGAGGAAGAGAAGCCGUCUCACUGGAGAGCACGCUGAACAACUCUGCUUUUUGCACCACAAUCUGGUGCUGCUCAAAUGGGACUACUAAUUGGGACUACUACCUGAUUCACAUUUCUGUGCAGAUUUUAUUUAACUUUGUUUUAUUUACUUUAUAAAACUUCAGGAAGCUAUUUAUUUGUUUAUUUAUUUAUUUAAAUUUUCAGUUAACUUUAUAAGAGAUGCUGCUGCUGACCCUGGGAACUCC